GGCAGCAGCGCAGCGGAGCGGCCGGGCCGGCCCCGCCGCCCGGGACAGCCGGAGGAAAAUGAGCCUGAAAUCGGAGCGCAGAGGAAUCCACGUGGAUCAGUCGGAGCUGCUGUGCAAGAAGGGCUGUGGUUACUAUGGCAAUCCUGCUUGGCAGGGAUUUUGCUCCAAGUGCUGGAGGGAGGAAUACCACAAGGCAAGGCAGAAGCAGAUUCAAGAGGAUUGGGAGCUGGCAGAGCGGCUCCAGCGUGAGGAGGAAGAAGCCUAUGCCAGCAGCCAGAGCACCCAAGGGGCACAGUCCCUGACCUUCUCAAAGUUUGAGGAGAAGAAAACCAAUGAGAAAACAAGAAAGGUCACUACUGUGAAGAAGUUCUUCACUGCUUCCUCCAGAGCAGGAGCUAAGAAGGCAGCUCAAGAGAAAACCCCUAAGCAAGGACAGCUUGGGAGGGAGAGAAAUGCUGAUAACAUUCUCAGGGAUUUGAAGGAGAUUUUUACUCCCUCCUGGGAACUGGCUUCCCCUUCUGAAGCGUUGGCUGGCAAGCUGAAAGCAGAAAUCCAGGAGGCCAAGGCUCCCAGCCCUUCCAUCCACAGGCAGGCCAGCAUCGAGACAGACCGAGUGUCCAAGGAGUUCAUAGAAUUCAUCAGGACAUACCAGAAGCCUGGCCAGGAUAUCUACAAGCAAUGCAAACUCUUCUUGGACAGCAUGAGUCACAAAAGGGAUUUAAGCAUUGAGGAGCAAUCUGAAUAUGCCCAGGACUUCUACCAAAACAUAGCAGACAGGCUGCAGACACGUUGGAAAGUGCCCCCUGAAAAAGUGGAGAAGGCAAUGGAUGAGGUUGAGAAAUACAUCAUGACUCGACAGUAUAAAUAUGUUUUUUGCCCUGAGACAACUGAUGAUGAGAAGAAAGACCUUGCUGUUCAAAAAAGGAUCAGGGCUUUGCACUGGGUGACUCCCCAGAUGCUGUGUGUUCCUGUCAGCGAGGAAAUUCCAGAAGUCUCUGACAUGGUUGUAAAGGCAAUUACAGAUAUCAUUGAGAUGGACUCCAAGCGCGUCCCUCGGGAUAAACUGGCCUGCAUCACCAAAUGCAGCAAGCACAUCUUCAAUGCCAUCAAAAUCACCAAGAAUGAGCCAGCCUCUGCUGAUGAUUUCCUGCCCACCCUGAUUUACAUCGUGCUGAAGGGGAACCCCCCUCGCCUGCAGUCCAACAUCCAGUACAUCACUCGCUUCUGCAACCCCAGCAGGCUGAUGACUGGGGAGGAUGGAUAUUAUUUCACCAACCUGUGCUGUGCUGUGGCCUUCAUUGAAAAACUGGAUGCUCAGUCUUUAAAUCUGAGCCAGGAAGAUUUUGAUCGUUUCAUGACGGGCCAGACCUCCCCAAAAAAGCAGGAAUCUGACAGUUUCUCCCCUGAUGUGUGCCUGGGGGUGAAGCAAAUGUGCAAAAGCUUAGACCUCCUCUCUCAGUUGAAUGAGAGACAGGAAAGAAUUGUCAGUGAAGCCAAGAAGCUGGAGAAAGACCUCAUCGAUUGGACUGAUGGGAUCACCAAGGAGGUGGAAGAUAUUGUGGAGAAAUAUCCCUUAGAAAUAAAACCAAAAAGUCAAGCCUUAGCAGCCAUUGACUCUGAAAACGUGGAGAAUGACAAGCUGCCCCCACCACUGCAGCCUCAGGUUUAUGCAGGAUAAUUAUCCUCAGCUAGUUGGGAGGGGAAGGAAAUUUAAGGCUUGAAAAAUACAGAAAGAGCUUAAAUCAGUACAUUUUUAAAGGUAAUUUUGGGGUUUUUUUGCUUUUUUUUUUCUUGGUUAAGUGUAAUGAAUUGUAUUUAUUUUAGUCUUGUAGAUUUCUAUUAGGCUUUGGUGGGUUUUUUGAACUGAAUUUCGAUUUUCUACGCAAACUGGUGUAAUUUUUAAGCAACACUAGUCCAUUGACAUCUCUCCUGAAAGCUUCCUUCUAAGCAUGCACUUGUUUUUAAUAAUUAGUUUAACUUGAAGCCAAGUUCCAGCAGGAAAAAAAGGUACCAAUGUUUAGUCUGAACUUAUUCUGUAGCUGUAAAGAUGAACUAUAUAUUGUAAAAUAUGUAAAAUUGUAAAUAGAUUUCAAAUCUAAUGUCCCAACCGUGCAUGAGCUCGUGUGUGAGUGAAAAUGAUCUCAGAAUAUUCAUUUUAGCACCUUUCACUUCCAUCAUGUUGCAGUAAAAAGGCAAAAAAAAACCUGUUGGAGUUUGGAUAACCUGGAGGGGAGAACUGAGGAAUGACAGAGGAUGUUGUUGGAGUGAUUUGCAAA